AUGGCGGAUACGAACACCAUCAGAAAGCCUCUGCGGUUCAUUACUGGACACAAUGUCGACGGCAAGGGUAUUGUCGAGGUUGUCGACGAAGGGUCAUGGCGGAAGAUUGACAACGACAUCGUGAGGUACAACGAAAUGUGGUCGACAAGCACCUUCCCCAUAGAUAUCAAGAACGACGACAAUCUGAAGAAAGAAAAGACUGUCAUGUCUCUAUCUCUACGCAACGGCACCGUGCUGAGGAUGGUUGACCGCUCCCCAGGCUCCUCCUCGGCCAUGCAUCGCACCCAGAGCCUUGACUAUGGUGUUGUGAUCGAGGGCGAAAUGGAGUUGAUCAUGGAUUCUGGGCAGAUUGUUACAUUGAAGCGAGGAGAUGUCUGCGUUCAGCGAGGUACUUUACAUCAGUGGCGAAACCCCGGGAGUACCUGGAACAGAAUGCUUUUUGUGUUGAUCGACGCUUUGCCGCUCGAGGUGGGUGGGGUCGUCCACAAAGGCGAGACAGGCUAUGAGCACGUCAAAGAGAUAGCUUCUCGUCUCUAG